UCCAUCCAUAUAAUUCACAGCCAUACCUUCUUGAGUUAUCGUGCUGAAACACAUGAAUAAUACCUUUUUUCCUUGGAAAGUGCACACAAUGCUACACUAUCAGGUUCGCUCCUAAGGCGUCGCCAAAAAAAUCAAUUCUGCUGUGACCUGCGGUGACACCAGAAGUUGGCGUUGCCAAAAAAUUGGUGACCUUUAACCCCGUUUCCAGGAUACCCGGCUACACUGCACUGACUUACCUUAUCCCAGCUGACAUAAGCCUACUUACUUAUACGUUACUAAACUUUAUCGAUUGUUUGACUCUGUCAAGCUUCAUCGACAGGCUUAUUUUGAUAGGAUAAUGUAAAGUCAACUUAUAAAUGCAGGCGCGUCUGCUGACGACUGGGGGCGAUAUCGAUGUACGCGUGCCGAGACGUGGACUGGACAGAUACAGUUGAUCAGCACACCUGUAAGUGAGACCAGGAAGUGUUCGGACAGUCUCAGCCAUGUCUCUGCGGACAAGAAUAAACGGUUUCACAGCAUGGGUGAACCUGCGGCUGGUGUCCUACAGUCUGUCCAUCAGUAACAUCCUCAAUGAGCUGCUGACUGGAAGUCAUCUGAAGAUGUUGGUACAAAGUUUUACAGGAAUGCAAAUGAAGAAACUACAGAGCAUGGAUGGUUUGACAGAGACACAGAAACUCACACGAGUGGAGUGGGCUGUAACUGCAUUGAAAAAAAGUCAGGUGAUAGAAGAAGAAGCCAGGAUAGACUGUCGUCUGGUGACCAUGCGCAGUGCUGAUCACGUGUUUGAUCUGAUGUGGCACCUGAUAGCUUAUGACAUCUGGUUCCUGUGGGAGAGGGCAGAUUACCUGCAGCAGGAGGAUCUCAAAGUGCUGACUCAGGUUCCAUACAAGUGGACCCCUGAGCCACCGCCUCUCAAGAAAAAACCUAAAAGGAAAAUGAAGACAGACCUGCUGGCUGGAUUUGGUGCCAAAGCAAGUGUAGCAGACGGGCCAGAGGAACUGGGUGAGGACCAAUCUCAGCAUGACAGAUAUCCUGGGACAGAAGUUGCCCUGUCCUACAAAAAAAAUCUACCUCGAGGUGGCUGGCUGUCCUAUCCAUCCCCAGAUGACUGCAUUUUGGAUCUGGUCUGCGCCCAGUUAGCACGGGUGCGAGAAGGGAGUAAGUUAACUGUGGAAUGCCUGGAUGACAUUGCAGACAGCAGAGUUCUUUGUGCACUCAUCAACUCUUUUGUCCCCGGAACAUUUACAACAGAAGUGCUGUUAAAUGACAGGUGGACAUUAAACCUUGCACUACAAACAAUAGGAGCGAUGACUUAUUGUUCAGUGCCGAUGACGUCUCAGGACUUGGUAGAGGCAGAUCCCAAGGCUCUGUCAGCUUUUAUGUGCUUCUUCUUCAUGAGUUGUUUCAAGUUCCGUCAGAGCCGUGCUGUGAAGGCAAGAGUACACGAGUUACAUCUUCUUAUGCAGGAGGUGGGAGCAGAGCUGGACACCCUGCCUGACGUGGCUGGUAAUAUGGCUGAAUUACGACACAAAAAGGAGCUCAAGUCCAUGCAUGAUGCAUACAGGGAGGAGUUAGAAGAGUUACAGCAGAACUAUGACAUCAAGUUCUGUGAGGACUGGGUGGAACAUGUGGCAGACAUUCAGUUACAGACGCACAAACAGGUUGCCUCAAAAAUGAAGGAACGAUAUGAGGUAUUGACUGUGCCAAGGAGCAUCACAAUCAACGAAAUGUGCAUCACACUUCUCAUCAACUUGAGUCUGACUCAGGGAGCAGGAUUUUACCGCAUGGACAGCAAAGAAAUAGUCACUGCUGAUCGCAGACUGGUUCUGUUCCUACAUAAGACUGGUCAGUACGUGGAUGACCAGGUGAAGGCGUCCAGUGGUGUUUCUGUGAGAAGCCGGUUGGGACUGCAGGAUGACCAGCCACAGGAGAUCAACCCAGCACUGUACCCACAGUAUCAAAUCUUUGUUGGAGAGUCCGUCACGAAACAAGCUGCUGAAAACUGGAAGUGUCUUCUGUAUCAGGUGUUUCCAUGCAGCACGUUACAGUGGCAGCGUAUGAUGAUGAAAGCAGGCAAAGAAGGAGAUGAUGAGAUGAUGAACAAGUUGGUGUCUUUUUUCCGCGUGUCACAUCCAUCCUUCAUCAACUCACAGGAGGCCAGCACUGGCAACAGUGUUCUACAUGUGGCAUCUCGUGCAGGACAUUUUAACAUUGUACGAUAUUUGCUCAAAAAUGGAGCCAAUGUCAACUUGCGUAAUGCCAGCGGAGGCACGCCCCUGUUCUCUGCUGCGGAGGGGUUACACCGCCGGGUAGCCCAGCUCCUGCUGGAGUGGGGAGCUGACGUCAACGCUAAGAACUUCAGAUGUAUGACAGCCUUGGAAGGUCUGAGGAGUGAUGAGUUAAAAGACAACUUGACUGCUGUCACCUCAUACCUCACCAGCAUUGUGCCAAAGAUCAUGGAGGGUGACAUGCAGACAUUAAAGAGGGUUGUCCAGGAUCAUGUGAUGGGAGUGCACCAUUUUGCUGACCUCAGUAGUCGCUGCAUCAGUGGCAGCACCCUACUCCACACGGCUGCUUACUUUGGAGCAACAUCAGUUGCCAAAGAACUGCUGAAGGAAAGGAUCGAUGUUAACUUGUCGGACUACAAAGGAGCGACUCCUCUACAUCGGGCGAGGGACAAAGCUACCAUCCAGUUGUUGCUGGACAGUGGUGCUGGCAUCAAUGCCCGUGAUUAUGAGGGCAACACUCCUCUGCACAUCCUCUGCUACGGUGAGAAGGGUCAGCCCUCACAGCUGGACUGUUUACAAGCCUUGCUGGACUCUGGUGCCCACAUUACAUUGUGCAACAAGAAAGGCCUGCUUGCAGCGCACUGCUGUGCCAUGCAGGGUCGCACAGAAACAAUCCAGCUGCUUGUUGACAGAGAUGUGGACGGAGCCAUGAGGGCGGCAAUAGAAGAAGGGACAAAUCUGCCCAGCUUGACGUACCUCGCUGUGGUCAAUGGAUUCCUGGCCUGUGCCAUGUGGCUUGUGCAGGCAAACUUUGCCCUAAAGGCGGGAGAAGCAGACCAGCUACUUCAGAUAGUGUUGAUGAAGAGAGACAUGGAAGAUGCAGCGAUGUUUGUCCAGUUCCUGUUGGAUAACCAAGCAGAUGUGGGGGUCAGAUUUGCACAGGGGAACACUCCGCUGCACCUGGCAGCUGCAUCUGUGACAGCUGUGGAAUCCCUCCAGCUGCUACUAUCAUAUGGAGCUGAAGUUGAUGCUACAAAUGACUUGCAGGAAACUCCACUGUUCAAUGCUGUCCAGGCUAAUAACCACUAUGCAGCAAGCAUACUUAUCAACCAUGGUGUGAACGUGAGGUGUGUGAACCUGGUGGGACUGACAGCAUUUGAUCAGAUCCAGGACUUUGAUGAGUGGCUGGAAUGUAGCUUCUUCAGUGAUGAGAUAAAAGCCAGGAUGAAAGCCUUUAGUCUGAAGCAUGCCCGAGACCUUGUCCGUGCUAUCACCAAGAAAGUGAAGACUGCUGCCCCCCUUUCAUCUGCCAGACUACCAGGUCUGAACACUAGUGCACACUGGGAAAAGUCCCGAGUGGAGGCUGCGACGCCAACGUCGAGCCAUCGUAUUCAGACAGCCCCGCCCCUCAGCAGAGCUCCUGGUACAGGACGCUCCAUCAGCACACAGAUGUUUCAGAGACGGGCUAUAUCAGCUAUGAGCUACACAGGACACUCACAGUCACAGACGGCAUCCACAUCUGGACUGUAGCAGCUCCGGUGGUGGACUCCUGCCAUUCCUGCCUUAGGCCACACCAAUUUAAUUUCUUGGUUAACAGAUUUUUCUAGAAAAAUAAUGGAGUGGGCGGGCAAAAAAAAUAAAAAUAAAAACAGGCCUAGGCAUCCUAUUAUGGCCCAAAAUGGUAUGAUAGGAGCCAUGCAGUCAACACACCAGGUUGGUUCAAAAUUUAAACAAUGAAUUUUGAACUUCUAAUGAUACCACUGCAU